ACACCGGAGCGCCCAGCUGUUGAAGGCUUGCGACGCGCAGUUGCACUUGCGGCAAGGUUUGCGAGCAGCCCCGUCACCGCUCUGAUCCUCUCUCACUCGCCUUUACGGAGAUCCGCUAGUCGCCUUCUGUUCCUCUUCAUUCUUGCUUGACUACUGCACGCAAUCGCCAAGCGACAUCAUGGCUCCGACCGGCGGCGCCGAAGUCGGUUCGCUCGACCACUGGCUCUGCGAGGGAGAGCAGGCACAGGGAGGAAUGAGGACUGCCUCGCAGCAGCAGAAGCAGGCGAUUGAGCAGCGCGCGGCUGCGGUCGCGGCAGCUGUUGAGGGAGCAGCCCAACCGCGGCGUGGCCCCGAGAUCAGCCUUAACCCCAUCGCCAUCGCCGCGGCCGCCGCCGCCGCUGCUGCUGCUGAUGCCGGGGCCGGCAGCAGCAGCGCCGCGAUCGGCUGUAGCAGCGGGACAGGACCGGCGGCUGUAGCACCACCGGCUCCAGGGCGGCCGCCGCGCUCGCCGAUGUCCGCGGGUGCCAGGCGGCCCGGAGCGAGCAUUGGCGGCGGCGCAACCCAGGGGCUGCCUGGUGACGGCGAGGGUCACUGGCGGAGCGGACGUGAGACAGCAUCCUGUGGAGCUCCUGAGAGCACGCUGCCGGCCCUAAGGCACGCGCAGCAGGCGUGCGGGGCCAGGGGCGUGUUGAUGCCGGCAGAGGUGGCGGCUGCAGCAGUGUCUCGGCCGCAACCUCCAGAGGAGGCAGCGGCAGAGGCGGGCACAACCGCCGCGCCGUCACUGGCCACUGGUCGUUCAGGCGCUUCUGCAGUGGCUACCGUUGGCGUUGCCACAGGCGCUGCCGCCGGCAGCGCUGCCACCGGCACCCUUACCGAGCGCUCAGUCGAGGCCGCAGGCGGCGGCGCAUCACCGGCAGCGGUGCCCGCCGCGUCAUGGCUUGACCGGCUGGCGGCGGCCGCGGCCUGCCCCCUCAUGCCGGCACCCCUGCCGCCCCUGCCGGACCUGCCGCCCGCUGUUGCGCCCAGCUUGCCCGCACUCCAGCAGCUGCCCAUCGCCGGCGCCGGCAACAUCUCUGCUAGCGGCGGCGCUGGGUUCCUCGUUCUGCUGGGCGGCGGCCGCAGCUGUGGCGGCGGCAGUGGCGGCCAGCAGGGCUCGCCGCAACCGGCGCGGGUGAGCGGCCCGCCGCCGUGCCUGCCGCCGCGCAGCAAGUCGCUCUUGUCCAUGCAGCUGCGCUCAUCCUCCCCAGAGACGGUUGGAAUUGGCGUCGGCGUCGGCGCCGGCGCCGGUUGUGACAGGCCUGCCCCGCCGCCUGCGCCUGCCCCUCCUGCUGCUGCUGGACCUGCCGCCGCAGCCACACCAGCCGUGCUGGCCGCUGCUGACGGGGCCAGUGCGGCGGCAGCCGAUGCUGGCGUCGGCGGCGCAGACGGCGGAGGCCCCGAGCGUCAGGGCAUUCCAUGUCCGGGGCUCGGGGCUAUGGCCGCGGCGGUGGCGGCGGCGGCGGCGGGAGCUGCCCGUGUGCCUGAGGCGCAUCUGGCUGACGCCGUGGCGGCGCGGGCCCAGCGGAACCUGUUCGCCGCCCUCGCGCCGCUGCGGGCGGCAGCUGCCGAUGGCGGCGACGGCGGCGGCGGCGGCGGCACGGAUGAUGAGGCCGGUCAGAGGCGGGGGCCGCAGGCGACGGACGAGGUGGAGCAGGAGGAGCCAGGGGGCAAGCAGAGGCAGGGGGAGAAGGAGGAGGGGCAGGGGGAGGACGAGAGGAGCGAGGGGAGCGUGUUCGGUAGCGUUGGCGGGAUGGAGGCUCUGGACCUGGAUUGCGACUGCGAUACCGAGCAGCAACAGCAACAGCCACCACCACUGCCUCCACCGCCGCCAGGGGACCUGGGGCUCAAGGACGGGGGAGGUUUGCUGGUCCAGCAGGUGGGGGAGGCGGAAGCGGACGAUGUGAACGCGCCAGAGGAGGCCCCGGACACCCCGCCGGACGUGGUGGGCUCGCCGCCCACGUCACCAACCUUGGCUGCAGCUGUCAGAGGCGCAGCCCACAGCGCAAAGUAUGGCAGCAGCACAGCCACUGGCCACAGCUACAGCCCCUCCAGCGUUAGCUGGCCGUUGGCUGGUGGCGCAGAGGGCGGUGGCAGGGAUGGGCUCACAGCACCGGGUGGAGCGGCAGUAGCGCUGCCGGGGCUGCUGCUGCUACAGCCGGAUACUGACGAGGCCGAGCUGGCCCUGGAUCCGGCCUGCGCGGCCGCGGCAGUGGUGGGUGAAACUGCUGGAGAAAGCCACAGCUUUCCUGCUGCAUGUGUGGAGACCGGUAGGUUGGCUCCGGACGAGAAGCAGCAGGCGGCCGCGUCCGAGGUUGGCGCCGGCGCGGUGGAGGGGCAGUCGGCACGAACGGCUGCGGCGGCUGCCACCAGUAGCCCGGCUCUGUCCGCACUCAUGCUCCUGCAGUCAGCGUGGUCAGGGGCGGCUGUACACACACUAAACACAGAUGAUGAUGGGAGCUGUGGCGGCGGCAGGAGCAGCAGAGAGACCGAGAAACCCCUGCAGCAGCAGCAGCAGCUGCAGCCGCCGCAGCAGCCGCAGCAGCCGCCGCGCACAGGACCCAGCGGCUCGUGGGGCCGGGCCGGCAACCACAGCUUCAACUCCCUGCCGCCCCAGCUGAUGACUGCGGAGCAGGCACGGGAGGGCACGUUGGCAGGAGCCGCGGGCACGGCGUACCCCUUUUCCGCCUCCCCGCGCACAACCCUCGCCAGUGACGGCCGUAGCGGCGACAGCGGCCAUGGCGCCAUGGCUGGCCACCACCAACACCCACCCGCCACCUCGCACCCUGUAUCCCUGCCGCAGCCGCAUGCAAAGCCGCGGCCGUCACCGACGCGGCCGCCACAUUCGCUGCAGCAGCCGCAGCACAUGGUGCCGCCACAUGACCGCCACCUGCUGCCGCGGUCACUGCCAUCGCAGCCCACAGUGGCGCCGCCACAGACCCUGAUGCCGCUACCCCUAAUAAUGCUAGGCGGCGACGGCGGUCCAGGGAACCACACGCUGGCCGCCUCGCUGCCGUUCUCCGGGCCGCAUUUCCUGCAACCGUUGUCACAGCUGACGGGCGGCAGUAGCAACGGCGUGCGCGGUGUCAGUGGCAGCAGUAGCACCAUUCCAGGCAAGGAGGAACCGGUAGAGGCAGGGGGCGUAGCAUCGCCGGCGGCGGCGCGGUGGCUGCGGGCGCCCUCGCCGCCGCCGCCCGUCUCCAUUCCCGUGGUGCUGCCGCAGCCUGGCCGCAGCCUGGGAGGCUACUGCCUCGCCACCGGGGCCUCCGUCGGCAGUAGCAGCAACGGUGGCGGCGCGGUCGCCGCCGUCGGCAGUAGCAGCGGCAGCGGCAGUGUAGGUUGCGGCCGCAGCGGCCGCCGUGGCCUGGCGCUGAUGGCGCACGGGCACUGCGUGCGGCCCGGCUGCGUGAGCUUCUCUCCUGACUCGCCGCUGGGUCUCGCUGCGGAGCAGGCGGCAGCGGCUGUAGCAGCGGCCGUAGCAGCGGCCGUAGCAGCGGCCGCCAAGACCGCCGCAGAGGCCGAGGCGCAGGCAAACGCGCAGGCUGGGUCACACGCCGUGGUCGAGGGGCCUGCAGCUGCAGGGGUCCCGGCAGGCAGCAGCAGCUGCGACCGCAGUGGGCCAGGCGUCGGGCUGGCCACGCCUGCUGCACUCGCUGUGGCCGGACCCGCGCCGGGGGAGGGCCCGUUCUCCACGGCCUCUGCGCUGACGACUCUGCUGGUGUCGGGCAGCGCCGUUGGCGGUGGCGGCGCCGCCUUCUGUACGCUUUCCUCAACCGCGUGCAGGACUGCAGGCGGCGGCGGUGGCGAGGCGGCGGUACAGGACUGCGGCUGGGACCUGCUGCUGGAGGACGCUGAUGCUGAUGGUGUCGCCGGUGGCACUGGCGGCGCCGGUGGUGGAGCCAGGGAGCCGCGGGCUGCGUCGGCCUUCGCCGCAGGGAGCAAUGAGCCGCGCACUAGCACUGCGGAGGGCGGCGCAGCUGGCGGGCUGCCCGGUGGCGGCGUACCCGACAUUAGUGACGCCCAUACGCCGCACCAGCCGCAGGGGCCGCAGGAGUCGAUGCCGAUGUGGUCGGGGCAGGUGGCGGAGGGGCCGCAGCGGACCGCCGCGGCGCUGCUGGCGGCCGCGGGAACGGGGGCGGCUGGGGAGUAGACGGGAUCCCAUGCGGCCAAAUGAUGCAGCAGAGGGUUGUUUAUGAUGGAGCAGGUGAAGAGGGGCAGUUGCGAGGCGCUUGCGCUUGACAAGAAUACACUGAUUUAGCGGUGUGAUGCACGGGCGUUAGUGAAGAGAAGAGAACCACAUGUGUGUGUGUGUGUGUGUAUGUGUGUUUGUGUGUGCAUGGGGUAGCGCUGCAUGGUACGUAAGCAUUGCGCCCAACCACUGCUAUGGUAGUGCAGUUGCCAUCGUGUUGCAGUCGCUGGUUGCUGCACGUUGAUGCGUGGAUGUUGCUGAGGGAUAGUUGCACUGAUGCAAAUGCAACGCACACGGUUGCGGGCUUGCGGUUGGGCAGUGGUGCAUCGGCGCGCGGCCAGGCUGGAGGGCUUGAUCUCGGCACAGCUUCUUGGAACAACAUGUGUGUCUGUUGUCGUGGCCAGCAUUUCAUUUGUAGGGUGCACUAGGAGGCAUCGUUGACGGACAUUUUUCACCACUAUACAGCAAGUAACACGUACAUGACACGGGAUUGCGCAUGCUGCAUGCGGUACUUGCAUGCAGUAGCUAACAGGGGUUCCCCUGGUAGCUAAGCGCGGCACAUAUCUUAUAAUCAUUGGGCAGCUCUCGGUGGGCGCACAGAGCUGUGCCCGCGGACCCCGCAUUUGUACCGGCGACGCUCACAUCCGGGCUGGCCCUUGCCAUUGAGCGGCACAUGCACGCACUCCACAUGCCGCCAUCAGUCGUGCUGCCUCGAACGCGAUUGAGUUGGCAGGGAUUGCGGGACGCGGGGGCAAUGUAUGAGGGAAGUUGGGUUGGCGUUGGUUAGCACACGGUUGGCGAUACAGAAUGAGGUGCGCUGGCUGUAGCCGUGUUGCGGUUGUAUGCCUAAUGAAAGCAAGGUAUGAACGCGUCAGGCGCUCGUUGGUACCGUACUUGACUAGUAUAGGACUGCAUUGAGGUAGAAUCUUACAUGCAUUUUUGACAUCAGGUUGUGCAGAGGUACAGGGAAACCGGGUGGUUGCCUUGGUGGCGGGGGGCGGGGCUGGGGACACUGCGGGCACGAGUUCCAUGCGCAU